CCAAAACCACGAGAGAAAAGAAAAGAAAGAGUGGGAGAAAAAGAGAGUGAAUCGUAGCUGCUCAGCUCCGGAGAAAGGAGUCCGCCGGACUGGUUGCUAGCCGGAGUUGUCGCCGGACGGACAAGCGAAUCACCAGCGAAACAUAGGAGAGUCGACGCUACCUUUCGUGAUCACAGAAGGGAUUGCCGUGUUGACCCGCGUCGACUGCCGUGAGAAGAAGAACGCCGUACAAAGGUGAACUUGGGGAGGAAGCCGAUAGAGAAGCUUGUUAGGAAUAUCUGGAUUUGAGACACCAUGCUACCGAGAAGAGACCCGAAUGCUGUCCCUACCAAUGCUGAGCUGGCGCAAGCUCUCACGCUGCUCACCCAGACAAUCACUGUGGCAUUUCAAAACCAACCCAACAACGGCAAUAACAUGGAGAGUCGUGUAGCGGCACGAAACCCGCCGAGCUUCCAUGGGCAAGAGGAUCCAGUCCUUCUAGAGAAUUGGAUACGCACCUUCGAUAAGCUGUUUGAUGCGAUCAAUUGCCCGGCAGAUCAACGAAUUAACAUUGCUGUUUAUUAUCUGCAUGAAGAAGCAGAUAAAUGGUGGGUUCAUGUGGGACCAGGGAUGAUCGCACAACCGGACUUCACUUGGGAUCGAUUCAAGCGUGCACUGCGAAAAAGGUUUUACCCGCCACACGUGCAAGCGGAAAAUCGUGACAAGUUCCUCCAUUUGAAGCAGGGGGAAAUGACAGUGCAAGAGUAUCACAAUCAAUUUGUCACGCUGUCAGAUUUUGCAACAUCACUUGUACCCGAUGAGGAGAGUAAGAUCGAGAAGUUCAUCGGAGGACUGAACUACGACACCCAGAAGAUGAUGACGGUGCAAGACUGGCAAACAUUGGAUGAUGUCUAUUACAAAGCGGCGAAGCACUAUCGGGUAAUACAACUCCAGCGAGAAGCCCACAAGAAAAGAAAGAACGAAGAGGAGAAUAGGCAAGGAGAAAAGCGGGCUAGGGUUCAUCAUCAUGCAGAACCAACACACAAUCGCCCGAGGGAUGAGAGGAGGUUCCCGGAUCAUGACCAGAGGCGCGACCGUCGAAACAUGGCAGUGGAGAGGCAUUUCAACUGCACGAGAUGCAACAAAGACCACCCAGGGGUGGACUGUGCCGGCAACAGGGUCAAGUGCUACACGUGUGGCAAAAUGGGCCACCGAGCAUUUGAAUGCUGGGAUAACGUGGGGAGAGGUCCACAGAACCAGGGACCUAACCGUGGAGGCGAAAAUCAAGGUAGGAAUCAAGGUGGGAACAGGCAAGGAGCUGAGAACCGGGGCAACAACAACCCGGGAAAUCAAGCACGAAACGGUAAUCGGGACCAGAAUCAGAACCAGGGAGGGGGCAACAACAACAACAACGCUCCCAAUCAAGGACGGAUCUAUGUAAUGAAUCAGGCUCAGGCCCGCGCACAUGAUGUGGUUUCAGAUGAUGUGGUUUAUGAAGACUGAUGCACUGAGAGCGCUCCUAGAAGAUUUUUAGAGUAGUCUCAUUGAGAAUGAACCUUGUUAGAUUUCAUGAUUUCAAAUGUUGAAUUUAAUAAUUACUUUAUAUACAUUUACGGUGGAUAGCCUUAGCAUCCAGUCGGUUUAGGCUGGGUGUGGCGGUAACACGCCCCUUUUCCUUGUUAGUAUUUAAUUCCGCUGCAAACAAUUGAAAGUUUUGAAUAAUUAAUAAAAAGUUUAUUAUUUC